AUGAUAAAAACAUCCCAUAAUGUCGAAAGUAACAAAGAACCACGUCCAGCAGUAGAAUAUCCACAUUGUAUUGAUCAAUGGACGGAACAUCAUGUCAAAUCAUUUCUUCUUGAUAAACAAUUAAGUAUUCUUUUACCUAUUUUCGAAGGAAUGGAUGGACAAUUAUUACAUCAAAGUUAUUCGAUGUGUCAAGCUAAUCAACACGCGAUGUUUUUAUCAUUUAAAGAAGAUAUUGCUAAAUCUCAGCAUAUGACACUCAAUUUGAAAGAAUAUCUUAUAUUUCUUAAAGAAAUCAAAAUUUAUAUUCCACAUACAAUUGGUAAUCAAUCAAAUGCAACAUCUGUUGUUUGUAAUCUCAUGUGA